AUGAUGUUCGUCACUUUUGCGGCACUUGGCACCGCCAGUCUGGUACUGAACACCGCGGCUGAGUCAUGCAGACCGGGCCACUGCAACAUUGCUAGGAGUUCGGGCAAUUUCUUCGUGCAGACCCGUCGACAAAGCAGAGGCCAAGCCCUUCCCGACGAGCUGGACUAUGACUUCGAGAACUUGGAUUCAGCCACAGCCGAGCAGGAUGUGAAGCAUGAGGGCGGAUCCGCUACAACAUCUACCGCACUGGAGGAGGCGAGCGUCGGGACAGACGUCCAGGGCACCACCCCGACCGGUAUGCCAGGGAACUCCACGGCGACGCUGAACCAAAGCAUCUCCGGAUCAGGAGCAGAGACCGGGACGACACCCACUGCCUCCACCACGACCAUCUCACUCGAGUCCGAGAUCACCACAGUAGCAGUCGAGACCCUGGAGACCUCGGUGACAACGACACGGAGGUUAGACACAGCAGGCAGCGAGGAGGGCAACUUGUCUACGGCUACCGAAACUGCGACAUCCACAAGUUCGAUGAGCAGCUUCUCAGCCCCAAACUCCACUGGUUCGCCAGAGACCCCGGCGCCUUCCUCCACCACGCGCCAAGAUCCCAUCUCUACUAGCUCAAGAUCCUGGGCUGAGCCGAACAUCUCAGCAACUGAGCCCGAAACUACCUCCGAGGCCACGGAAGUCGCCUCGACAUCUGAGUUCACUGCCGCCUCGACAUCUGAAACAGCUGCUUCGACCACAGAAGCCAGUUCCGCGUCGAUCCAGGCAACGACUACAGCACCCAACACGACAACAACAUCCGCUUCGUCGACUUCGUCUUCGUCCGCUGAGCCGCCAACAAGUGCAGCUGCUGCCACGACCUCCGGGGGUACGUCAUCUCCACCACCGUCUUCCUCCACAGAAUAUACCACAACAUCGUCUUCAGCCUCAAUUCACUCGUCGAGCACAUGGGCGCUCAACCAUACCGAGGACACCGUGCUUUGCAGCCCAGGGGGAGAAUCGCUUGGAGCAGGGUACCUCUUUUGA